UGUAAACAGGAAACCCAUAGUGAUCCUUUGCAUUGCUGUACUGUUUCCAUUGAGCUAUUUGCAAACGCAAGACACAGAUUUGACGUUUCUACAUUUCAUGAAAGCUGAAUAUCAGGGGGGAAAAUUCAGACAGUGUGAAGAUCACAGCAAGAACGCCGUGUGAAAACAAUGAAUAUCUUAUGCAUCGGUACACUUUUCUGUCUUGUGUCAGUUACUGCUGCUGAGAAAAUCCUCCAUCAGACUCCUCCUUUACAAACAGCUGCCGUUGGAACCACUGUAAUGCUGAAUUGCCACGUUGAUUGGUAUGCGAGUGGAGGUGUUCACUGGUACAAACAACAGCAACGAGAAUAUCUACAAUUCGUUUACAUAGUACGUAAACACUUUGCUUCAAAUGGAAGAUUUUCUGGAAAAGUCAACGCUGACUCGAAAAUAUAUACGCUUGUGAUUCAGAAUGUGCAAAGAAAUGAUUCAGGUCAAUAUUACUGUGCAGCUAGGGAAUUUUAUGGAGUCGCCUACAAAAUGGGAAAUGGAUCGAAAUUGCUUAUAACAGGUUCCCCAACUGUCUUUCUCUUAUCAUCACCACUGGAUGAAAUGUUUCACAUGGAAUCUAUCACAUUGGUAUGCUUAGUAAACAACGUGUUCUCUGAUUCAUUUCCCAUCGGCUGGAAUAUUACCACAAGGGAUAACAAGGCUUGGACGUAUUCGGGGACAAUUAUCUCUGCUGGAGAAUACGGUAUCAUAAGUCACUUCAGAGUCCCAGCAGAAACAUGGAAACACGGAGCUUUAAUCACUUGCUCAGUUCAAAUCAACUCAGAAGAAAUUCUUACCAGUGAAAAUAUCUCCUAUAGAAGAGAGUCCCAACGUGUCAAUUGCCAUUUAAUGUAUUACUGGAAUUCAUUGAUGAUAAUGCUCCCUCUCCUGAUGUUAGCUGCCACAAGUUGGAUUUACAAGAAAUGUUAUUCAGGUAACUGCGGGAAAGAAUCAUCCACAGAUGCUAGACCACGUAAUCCAGAGCAGCAGACUGUCUAUGCUCAUUUAGCAUUCACUGUAGACUCAACGGUCUGAUGGGACACACAUUCUUGAAUUGAAGAACACAUCCAAUGGCUUUUGUUUUCUCCCGUUAUGAAGGCAUAAAGAGACUUUACUCAGUAAUAAUCAAAUUAAUAUUUCCUCCACUCUGUGUUAUGAAUCCCAAAGGCAUAAAGUGGAGGACGUAUUCAGAAGAAGAAGUGACAAAAUGAAGCCUGAAGUUCCACUUGAUGAGGAUUGUGUCAUCGCUGCCCUAUGUUUUAUAUAUAUAUAUAUAUAUAUAUAUAUAUAUAUAUAUAUACAUAUGUCAUUACAAAUGAUCAUUCCAAAAUAGAGGUAAUGCAGCCGCUACUGACGACUGUUUUGUUUCAUAUUAUUAAUAUUCAUCCAGGUACGUUGGUAUUGCUUGUUCGCUCAGUAGUCUAGAUAAAUGUAUCAUUUACAUUGAAGAACUGACUUAAAUAUCUUUAAGAGGUAACCAUCAUAAGUGAGUUUAUUUUAGCAUAUCAGUUCUUGUGCUGAAAAUAAAGAACAAGUGCCGUUAAAGGGCAGUGCCAAAAUGUUGAGAUCAUUGCAAUGGAAGAAUGACUUUUACACAUAUUUCUACUUUAACAUGAAAGUAAUUUUAUUGGGACCAUAUAGUUACUAACAGUCCCCCUUCCAUCCAACCCCCACACCCUACCCCACCAACAGUGCCGUUUAGCUUCAUCCAACAAAGGAGAGCAAAGUUUUGGAAAAAUUCUGCCAAACAGUCUUAGCAAGAUUUUGCUUCAUUUGCUAUUAAUACGCUGCUGCCUUUGCCUUGACGAUUGAUGGGGACAUCAUUUAAAAUAUUAGAUACCACAUCUUUCAAAUACUCUUCUUCAUUUUUAACGGUGUAGAAACAUCACACGUCUUACAGCAUUUGUGGUGAGAGAAACAGAACUAACAUUUCGAGUUCGAUACUGUUAUCCUUCAGUAACGAAAGAGAUUGGUUAUUUAUUUUUGUGCUGACGACAGAGGGAGAGGACAAGUGAGUUGGGUAGAUUUUGAAGGUGGCCAGACCAAAAGACAAAACAUUGGUAAAACUUCGAAGUUAACAUUAUGUGUGCGCAUGAGUUAUGAAAUGAAUUAAAUGUUCAAGUCUGAAAAGGCAAAGUAAAAACGAAAAUGAAUAACGCGGAGCGAUUACGAGGGGAUGUUGUCAUUUAAGAAAAAAGGAGCACAAGUGUCAUGCUGUAAGCUUGUUGAACGCAAUAUGUAAUAAUAGACGCAACAAAGUUCCAAACAUUUAUCCGAGGAAUUUCUGGAAAUCUAGGGACGGGAUA